GUAAGUGAUGCCGUGAUCCGACCGCCUAUCGGGCUGUUUUUCACACCGAUAAACGCCUUUCCCGGAGCCACUACAGGAAAUGACUGAGAGGCCUUACAGAUAGUUUGUGCUUUUGUUUCUGCGGCCUGCGUUUGCAGAGAGAAUCCUAUCUGGAAGCACAUUUGUUUCCGUUGUAUUAACUACCUCAGGCACUGGAAACUGAUAAAGAGGGAGCCCGGCGAUCUCUCCCGGCAGCUGCGUCUGUUCAACCGGCCCCGCUCGGCCCAGACCAGCUGUACAGUGCUCACAAACCUUCUGACCGACUGGAUCCGUCAGAGCGGCGCAGGCCCGCAACGUGCCAAGGCGACAUCACCCCGUAGCUCGCACCAAUCUUGUCACUGUUUUUCCUUUCCUGAAAAUUCAUAUUGUUUUUUGCUGAGAGAUUUUUAAGAUUUUUCUAUUUUUAUUAGAGGGCUACUGAAAGCGUUGGGAAAGAAGGGUUUUUCGCUUCCAUUUGAAGGAUUGAUUAUGCACUUUGGAUUUUCAUCCAGGAUUAAAGCUAGAUCGUAUUUUCCCAUGAGGCACCUGUGAACCACUUCUAAAGGAAACUAAGUUUCAGUGAAAUCUUUUGUCAUUUUUGCGCUAAAAUUUUGAUGUGAGCUGCGUCUGAAGCUGCAGCUGGGCUGCAAGAUUUCCUUGAACCUUCCAUCGUGCAGCUCUCCAUCUCUCUCUGGAGCGGGAUACUGUCAUGACUUCCCCUCUGAUGGGAUCUUUAAGCUAUCUAUUUACUUGAUUCCAGGAGUCCCAAAUUAGGCAUCCAGAACUCAUUCGAAGGUGAAGUCGAGAGGACCGUUACUUCCUGGGCGCAUUUAAUACUUAUGUAUUGUUGCAGUGCACAAGAAAGUAAAAUGGACUACAAGCUGCGCUUUUUGCUUGGCGGGUCCAAGCACAAAGUGCAGCAACACCAGCAGUUCCAGUUGCCCGAGCUCAGUCGGACCCUCAGCGCCCCGUUGGGCUCUUCUUGCUCCACCCCUUCUCCCAUGGCGACCAUAGGCUCCUCCCCUUCUGUCUGCCAUGCCCCGCCCCCCGGCGCCACCACGGCGAUCGCGGACAUCCAGCAAGGCAUCUCCAAAUACCUGGACGCGCUGAACGCGUUCUGCCGCGCAAGCGCGUUCCUGACCGAGCUCUUUGGCAGCGUUUUCCGGGACUCGCGUUACUCCAAAGCAGCUAUGCAACUGAAGGACGUGCAGGAACAUGUCAUGGAAACGACCAGCCGGCUCACCACAGCAAUAAAGCCCGAGAUCGGCAAAAUGCUGAUGGAGCUCAGCGCAGGCGCGGCUAACUUCAAAGACCAGAACGACUUCAGCCGGCAGGAUGUUGAGGUGCUGGGCCGCUGCUUCCUGACGGUGAUGCAGGUGCAUUUCCAGUUCCUGUCACAGGCGUUGCAGAAAGUCCAGCCGGUGGCGCAGUCCUGUCUGGCCGAGGCGCUGGCGCAGGUUCAGGAGAGACACGGAAAUGCCCACACACAGAACACGGGCCCUGGGCCCCUGACAGAGCUGGAGGAGGCCGUCUGCUCAUGGAAGGGAGCUUCAGAGGUGACAGCGUGUCUCAGGGAGAGAGGGAGAGACGGCUGUCUGUCUGGCAUUCAGGUGCAGCAGCUCUUCUGUUCUCAGAACACCUCCAUACCUGAACACCAGCUCAAAGAGCUCAAUGCCAAGAUCGACAGCGCUCUGCAGGCGUAUAAAGUGGCGUUAGACUCUUUGGGUCACAGUGAAUAUGCUCUGAAGGCCGGAUUUCACCUUAAUCCCAAAUCAGUGGAAGCAGCUUUGCAGGGCUGCUGUAGUGACGCUGAGGCCCAGCAGGCCGGACGCUUUCACACCACGUCUCAGCCCAUCCAGUGUGAAUUAUCCACAAUCCCCGUCCAGAUCGGCUCUCAUCUCCUCCGAGGAGUUUCCUUCAAUGAAAGCACAUCAGAUAACCUCAAGCUUAAAACGCAUGCCGUGCUGCAGCUGCUCAAGGAUGCGGUGGAUCAGAACGGUGUGGCCGUGCGAGAUGAUUCGCCCGUCACAGAGGUGCUGAACCAGGUGUGUCCCUCCAGCUGGAGAGGAGCCUGUAAGACGGCCGUUCAGCUGCUGUUUGGACAGGCUGGACUGGUUGUGGUUGACACGGCUCAGAUUGAGAAUAAGGAAGCUUACGCCCCUCAGAUCUGUCUUGAAGGAUCUAAAGUUGUGAUCCAAGUUCCAUCUACAUGGUGUCUGAAGGAGGAUCCAGCGACAAUGUCUCUACUGCAGCGCAGUCUGGAUCCAGAGAAGACCCUCGGUCUGGUGGAUGUGCUUUACACAGCUGUGUUUGACCUCCAGCGCUGGAAAGAGUGCAAGGAACAGACUUUGCCCACCAUUCAGAUCCAGCUACAACGAGACACGACUGAUUACGGCGGCCUCGUCGAUCUCCCUCCGGGGAACAGCACCAAAUCUUCAGGCGGCCUCCCCAAAACCAUCUCCAAACUCACCUCACGCUUCACCAAGAAAACCUCGUCCAACUCCAGCGCAGGCGGCAGCUACUCCAUCCCCAGCACCCCGUCAAGGAGCAGCGGCAGCUCGGACGACAAAGCCAGCCGCCUGCACAGCCUCCUACAGAUGAGCAGCAUGCCGUGCACACCUGACCCCAGCCACGCUUUAAACAAAGAGCAGGACAAAGCGAUACACAUCACUCUCUCUCUCUCUAUCUCCGUCUCUCCGUCAGUGGGCUCGGAUCCAGAGUUUGCGCGUUAUGUUGCCGGGGUCAAUCAGGCCAUGCAGCAGAAACGACAGGCGCAGCAUGUUCGUCGGCCCAGCAACACCCGCAGUAACUGGCCACACCCAGACGAGCAGCACAGGGGCUGGACACACCCAGAGUACUACAGCGAGGGAGAGGCGGUCAACAGCGGCUGGUCAGCCAAUCAGGGGGAUUCAGCCAGCUCGAGUGAUGAGGCAUCCUCAGCCAAUGGGGACAGUCUGUUCUCCAUGUUCUCUGGGCCUGACCUGGUAGCAGCUGUUAAACAAAGACGGAAACACAGCUGUGGUGAACAGGAAGUGUGCACUCUGCCCUCUCCUCCGCUCCACCACGCCAGUGACGACAGUAACCAGGACAGCAAAACGAAAACCUGGCCCCCUAAAGCCCCCUGGCAGCACUCCUCGCACACCAACACCAUGCCCAAUCCCAGCUCUUCCCUCUACCAGAUGACCAUCCCCUCCAGCCAAUGGGGCGAUUCCAUGCAAAUGCUGCAGUCUCCGGUGUGGUCGACGGCCAAUGACUGCCCUCCAUCCUCCGGGAUCUCCUCCGGCUUCCCAUUCACACAACAACAACAGCAGCAGCAGCAGGUUUCCCAGCACAAGAUCCUGAGCAAAGGCUUCAAAACCUUCCCACUCAAACCCGAGCAUCGGCCCUCGUACCUGCACCAGUAUUGAGCUGGACCCGUGCUGGUAGAGGUCGCUGACCCUUUUCGCAUAUUUUGAGUUUGAGUAAUACUCAGGAUGUAAACCCAGAUCAGCAUUUAAAGGCUUUGAGUUCAGAGCCCAAACGGGACACCACUAAGAGACUUUAUAAAGGGGUUUUGGUCGUGUCAGGGCAGCGGAAGGAUGUUAUUUUAUUAUCAAAAAAUGGCACCGUAGAAACCUAGCUGGGAUUGUUCAUCUUGUGGUGUGCCGUGAACCUGGUCUAGACUCCAACCUUGUAAACUCGAAGUGUUUUUAUAGGGAAAUUUGCAUUUAACAUAGUGGUUAAUAACAGUUUUGUACACAGAUGCGUGUCAAACGUCUCCAAACAGAACGUAACUGCCUUCCACGCUGUCCAAACGAUGCAUGAUUCAUGUUAACAGCAGCUAGUCGGACCAUUUCGCUGGCAGCACGACUGAAGCCUUCAGUCUCGUGGCGGCGUUCGGCUUUGAGUUUACACGACUUUUUCGAUAUGCAUGGCCACCGUGCUCACUCACAGCGCACUAUCGCAGCCGCAUUACGAAGAUCCGGACGUCCCACAUAACGAUACUGUGUUUAAAUAGCUGUAACUGCCAAAUGUCACGUGGGACGACCCAGACUGCAGCUCUCAGCUACUGUUCCAUAGCUUGUAAAUGACUCGAAAAAAAGAAACAAAAACUAUAAAUUUACUUUUUAUGAAGAGGCUUUGAGCAGGCUCGGCAGAAAUAUAGUAAUCAUAGCAGAGGUGUAAUUUGAAAGAAAUACACUACUUUUUCAACAUCUGAGAGAUAAAAAAA